UCUGCAUGAGAAACCUCAAAUUCACCCAUAACAUCUACUCCAAUAAUAGCCAAAAGAAAAUGACCACCCAAAUUUUGAAGCCUAAAACUGUAAAUAAUCUUUGAGUUUCUCUCCCUUGCUCUUCCUCCUCCUCCUCUCUCUCACACACAUUCCAAGAGAGCAAGAUCAUGAUCUUGGCCAGGGUCAUGAUCUUCUAAUUUGUUGAAUUCAAAGCCUUUUUAGCCUUUUUUAUCUUCUCAUUUUUAAGAUCUUUAUACAUCAUCCAUCCAAGUAUAGCCAACAAAAAAGUCAGAGGAAAAAGGCCAAAAGAUUAAUUGUUUGGGUUAUUGAAAAAGAAAAAAGAAAAAAAAUAGAAUGGCCAAAAGAUCAUUUAAAAAUUUUGUUGAACAAGAAAUGGGACAGUUCCCGUUAUUCUUGAUUUAUGCUGCACUCGAAUGGGUGUUGAUAAUUGUGCUUUUCAUUGAUGGGUUUCUUGCAUUUUUUGCCAAUGAAUUUGCUAGAUUCUUUGAAUUGAAAAUCCCUUGUUUGCUCUGCACAAGAAUUGAUCACAUUUUGGUUCAUAAAGCUGCUGAUUUUUAUUACAAUGAUUCUGUAUGUGAACCUCACAAGAAGGACCUAUCAUGUUUGGCGUAUUGCCACAACCACAAGAAGCUUUCUGAUAUAAAUAAAAUGUGUGAAAGUUGUCUUCUCUCAUUUGCAACAGAGAAAUCAUCUGAUUGCCAUACAUAUAAGUCUCUUGUCGGGAUUUUGCAUAAAGACAUUGAAUUAUUUGUUGAUAAUGAACAAGAUCCUCAUUUGAUAUCGCCAUGUGGAAGAAAAGAUGAUCCCUUGCAGCAGCCUGAAAAGACCCUCUUUAGAUGUUCUUGUUGUGGAGAGCCAUUGAGGAUUAAGCCCUAUUUCAAGGGUAAAGGAUCAAGCAUGGUUUCACAAGCUCCUACUCCUUCCCCAAGAUUUACAAAUUUGAGAAAUGAUGAGCAUCGUAAUAUAGAAUUAUCUCAUAUGAGAUAUAAUGAACUCAAAUUUUCUGAUAAUGAAUCUGAGCUUCAUGAAGAUGAGGAUGGUCCAAAUGCUUCACAUCUUGGUAAGCAAUCUAGGGAAGAUGUAAAAGCUGCUACCUUGCCAUUGCUGCCAGAAGCUGAUGAUAUGAAUGAAGAUAGAACUCCAAUUUUUGCUAGAGGGAACAAGUUUUUUGGAAUUCCUCUAACAGAUUCAGCUACUGCCAGUCCUAGGUUUGCUAAUAGGAUACCCAGAAAAUCACCACUUGAAAAAACAGAAUUUGCUUCAGAGUCGACGGAAGGAGGGAAUGCACCAAAUGAACCUGAAGGUGACUUGAUUUUGCAUCAUUUGAAGGGACAGGUUCGAUUGGAUCGCAAGUCACUAAUGGCUUUAUACAUGGAAUUAGAUGAAGAGAGAAGUGCUUCUGCAGUUGCAGCCAAUAAUGCAAUGGCCAUGAUCACUAGAUUGCAGGCAGAGAAGGCAGCAGUUCAGAUGGAAGCCUUACAGUAUCAAAGAAUGAUGGAAGAACAGGCAGAGUAUGAUCAAGAAGCUCUACAAGCUACAAAUGAUUUACUUGCAAAGAGAGAAGAAGAUAUUAAGGUUUUAGAGGCAGAACUUGAUGAAUAUAGAGAAAGAUAUGGCCUUUUAAGGGAAGAAGGUUUUGAAGGAUCUGGAGAUGAGGUUGACGAGGAUUAUCAUGACAUGAGUUCACAUUCUUUCUCAUCCUAUACUGACAGAUCCCAAUAUGGCGGCAUAGCCUAUAGUAACUCCAUUGACAGGCACAUUAAUGGAGAAAACAUGCUUCAUAACAGCCAGUCUUCCUCUUUGUGGGAUGAGAAUGGAGGGGAGAUCCUAGACCAAUCACGCAAAGAUUUUCAUGGGGGCAGAUCAUGUACUCUUGGUCGGUUUAAAAAUCUUGAUAAGAAAAAUCAGAUUUUCUCAGAUGAUGCGGCUCCUUCCCCACUAUCCAGCUCAUACAACGUUGCUUGCCUAGACGAAGAGACAGUACCAGAUGGAAAAUUAAUGGACGAAUUGUUACAUCUUCAUGAGCGGGUGAAGGCUCUUGAAGCAGAUGGUGAAUUCUCAAAGCAUGUUGUUGCUGGUCAAACAAUUCAGAAUGAUAGUGAAAGAGAAAAACUAUUGACAGAGAUAUGUGAUAAUAUUCAGAAGCUUCGUCACUUCAUCUCAAUGCCUUUAGACGAUGAUGAUCAUAAUGCACAAUUAUUAUCUUAAAACAUUUUCAUGUUUUUUGUUUCCUUGUUAGGAUGUAUAUACAGCUAUUGCAAAUGCUGGUAGAAACUGAAUUUCUGGCUUUGAAGCUUCAUGGACCUCUUGGCUUUUACUACCUUCUACAGUUGAGGCUACAAAGCAGUAACUAAGAUAGGGCAGUCAUUGAUGUCUCCAGGACUCCAGCAGUUGCAAUUACAGAAUAACAUCUAGUGCAAACCAAUGUAUGAAGAUGGGGCAGAGAGUAGAACAAAAGAACCAGCAGCCAUACCAGUGCUAUAAAGAUCAUCAUUUACUCAGUUUUGCAUAAAUGAGUUGUUAUUAUAUAUAUAUAUAUAUAUAUAGGAGAUACAGGAGAUAAUUGGUGAUGUCAGAGAAGGUAGGGAAGGAGGGGCAAGGAGUCUUCAUGGUUAAUAAGCAAACUCUCAAAGUUUUGCUUGUAGCCGUCCAAGAAUACUAGAUAGCUUUUAACUAUAAUUGUAUUAUUUACCAGAGUGAUUGUCCUGCAGUGUACCUUUUUGUUUCUUUUUUUAAUUUUUUUGUUAAAUUUUUAUUCUUCUUCUUUUUCUUGAUCAGUUAAUUAAAAAGAUUUUCUUGAA